AUGGUGCUGCUGUCGGGGGACGGGGAGCAGCUGGCCGGAGAGCGGGUCUGCCCCGCGCCGGCGAAGGGGAUGCCCAGCGCCGCGGCGGAGAGCAGCCCCGAGCAGGGGGCGGCGGGGGCUGCCGCCGAGGGGCUGGACGAGGAGGAGGAGGAGGAGGAGGAGGAAGAGGAGGACUGCGAGGAGUACGAGGACUUCUCCGAGCUGCCCGACACCUGCAGCAUCGCCUCGGACGACUCCUUCUACCCGCCGGGGGGGCUGGAGGAGGAGGAGGACCGCUGGUCCCUGGAGGAGGGGGGGCGCGACAGCCCCGAGGCGCUCAGCCUCUUCCGAGCCUGCUGCACCAACAACGCCGUCGUCCUCAAGGCGCUCAUCCGCCAAGGCCCCGAGGAGGAGGAGGUGCGGGAGACCGACCGCAACCGCCGGAAUGGUCUUAUCAUUGCCUGUUACCAAGGUUAUGUGGAUAUUGUAAUAGCCUUAGCACAAUGCCCUCACCUUGAUGUGAACUGGCAGGACAACGAAGGGAACACGGCUCUAAUUACAGCUGCACAGGCAGGGCACAUAACGAUUACAAACUAUUUGUUGAACUAUUUUCCUGGGCUUGAUAUUGAGAAGAGGAAUGUGUUCGGAUUCACAGCACUGAUGAAAUCUGCAAUGCAGGGCAGAAUUGAAUGCGUGAAAGCCUUGAUGUUGGCAGGGGCAAAUGUUCACGCGACCGACCCAAGCCGUGGACUGACUUCAUGGGAAUGGGCUUGUUACACAGGAAGGUCAGAGUCUGCCUUCAUCAUGCAAAAGCUGAUGGACAGGCCAUGUGCGGAACAGUUUUGUGAUCAAUAUAAACCGGAAUGGCCAAAGAUGAAGGAACUUCUUGCCAAGGCCGCAGAGCCAAAAAGCUGUUUGCAGAGGAUUUCUGAGUGCAUGAGGGCAGCUGUCUCAUUCCGGUCUUUCUACGGCCCAGAAGAGGACGGGGUCCUUGAUCACAUGGUGAAGGUGACAACAAGCUUGAGCAGUCCUUUCAUCGCUCUGUCAUGCCGGACUGUGUGCCCAGGCAGCCCGCCUUCUGUGGGGAAACGCAGACUGGCUGUCCAAGAAAUCCUUAGGAAGCAGAGAGCCGAGGAGAUCCGAUCUCAGGACAAAGACCACUUUAGCAGCUACGAGAAGCUAUUUCAGAACUCCAAAGUCACGCUGAUCCCCAAGAAGAAGGACCGGCGAGCCAGCCUGCAGCCCAUCAGCCUUGCAGUCUCUCAAGUGAACACCGUAGCCGCUAGGAAAGCAAGCCUCUUGCCGCUCCACCUGCUUAGACGGAGCAGUGUCAGGCCAGGAUUUGUCAUCCCCAAAGUCCGUAUCAGCAAGGCUCCUCCACCCACCUUCCAGCCAGAAAAGGCGAGAAGGAGGAGCAGUGCAAAGGAUGAUCCCUAUUUGCAGAUUCCCAAAUGGAGAUACAAGGAGCUAAAAGAGGAGCGGAAGAAGGCAGAGGAACAGGAGAAGAAAAAAGCAGCAGAGGCCCAAAAGCAGAGGCAGGUGUCUCCUGCCAGAUGCAGGACCUGA